GACAACCAGGUAACACUGCCUCCUCCGGGCCUCCGUGCAUCUUCACAUAUAGUGCUCAGUCCCCCCAUCGUGAAUCCCAACGCGAGCGAUCUUUAAUAUUUGUCCCUGCAUCUUCUCUGCCUCGUUCACUCAUCUGUGUACCAGCUAUUGGUUGUGUGUUAGACAGUUUUGCUCCUCCAGCUAUUUACUGACACUUGCUCUUGCCGUCUAAGCUGUUCAUCGCGUCUUCAGCAAAGGGCGCAAAGCGAGCCAUUAUUGACUGGCAAGGAUUCCCUCGAAUUGGGAUUACACUCUGUGCAAAGAGCAAAGAACCUUUUCGGAAGUCUCCAUCCCGAUCCUCGGGCUCUUUUCUCCGCAUGGCGAAAUGAACGAUAUGAAUGGGAGUUGACUUGCCAGAAAAAAUCCAGCCAUCAUGAUCGUGUCACGACGUAGAAGACAAGCAGCCGGUCGCUCCUUUCUGUUCCUAUUUUUUUGCACGUUGUCAUUGAAUGUGACUCAAUCUACAAAUGCGAUCGACAUUGACACUCCCAUCCCUGUCAUCACAGUCAACACCCUUGCUGGAUACACGACAAAAUUAGAAUGCGAUCUGCAAUCCAGCCGGCCAGACGAUAGUGCAUACCUUGUUUUGUGGUACAUCGAAUCAGAAAAGCAGCCAAUUUAUAGUGUGGAUUUACGUGCUCGACCACUCGAGCAGGCCAAGCAUUGGAAGAAUGAACGAUUGGCUUCAAGAGCUCAGUUUGAUACAUCGGCUGCAUCAAGUGCAGCAUUCAUGUUAUCCAACGUUACAGAGGAUGAUGACGGAAUCUACAGGUGUCGCGUCGAUUUUCGCCAUACUCCAACUCGUCACGUUCGAUACCAACUCAACGUUGUCCAAUCACCAAGAGUUCCGGUGAUCUACGCCAACAGUGCUCGCCAAUACGGAACCGUGUCUGCCAUGUACGACGAAGGGGCCGAUUUGGCUCUCAUCUGCGAGGUUACCGGUGGAGGGCCGAACCUUAAGGUUGGCUGGUACCGAAACGGCAAGCUAGUCGAGUCCCGAGUGGAACACAGAAUGCAUCACGAUUACUUCUAUCACCUGCAGUUACGUAGCCUAUCGAGGGAUGAUCACCAUGCUACCUACGCGUGCCAACUGGACCUUGACGUCACGCCGCCGGCGCCUCCCGUCUUACGCAACAUCACACUUAAUCUACGAAUGAAACCGAAAAAAGUGGAAAUUAUUCCAGCCGGCCCGUACUUGGAAGCAGGCAAAACUCAGCAACUUCAGUGUAAAGCGUCGGGCGCCAAUCCGCCAGCAGUAGUCACCUGGUGGAUGAACAAUAUUCAGCUGACGAGCGCCGAAAUUUUGGUGUCGAAAGAGGAGAAUGGUACGAUAUCCAAGCUGAACUUGACUCCGGCCAUCGAGGACGACGGACGCAUCGUGACCUGUCGAGCGCAAACCCCACUUUUGGACGGCGGUUUCGUUGAAGACGAAUGGCGGAUGCAAGUCUACUAUCCGCCGCGGGCCAACUUGGUGCUAGGCCGUCGGUUCGCCGCCGAGGAAAUCCGCGAAGGCAGCAACGUGUAUCUCGAAUGCCAAACACGUGCCAAUCCGUCGAUUCAACGCUUGACCUGGAUGCAUAAUGGCAAACUCUUGGGCAACAGUCGAAAUCGAGAAAACCGCGACAUAAUCUUGGCCAAUCAAACGCUGGUUAUCCGCCAGAUAGAGCGGCAUACAGCUGGCAAUUACACGUGCAUUGCCACAAACCGGCUGGGCGAAUCGGCUAGUGCACCUCUUCAUCUUCACGUGAAAUAUGCGCCGGUGUGUCGGCGUUCGAAACCGCUGACGGUGGUAGUAUCGCGUGAUCAAUCCAUCAAAUUACGUUGCCAGGUAGAAGCUGAUCCGGAGACGCUGAGUUUCCCGUGGACGCUGUCGAACGGCCGCGAGACAACGCUGCUGCCCCGAGAAAUGUCUUCCGAUUUCGGCUUAACCAGCAUCCUGGUGUACACUCCGCGACGAGACGCCGAUUUUGGCGAGCUGCAGUGUUGGGCCUUGAACGACAUCGGCAAGCAGAAGGAGCCGUGCCGCUUCAAAAUCGUCAAAGAAGGGCUGCCGCCGACGCCAACCCAGUGCGCGCUGCAGAGUUUGUCGAAGGGCGUCCUAGAAGUGAAAUGUCGAAACAGUUCCAAAGGCAAUGCCGAAAAAGAGGCGGAGGACAGCAGUGAGAGUGGCAGUGGCGAUAGCGACAGCAAAGAUGAAGUCGGCGACGACGAGGACGAAGACGUGUUGAUGAGCGGCUCUUCAAACGUCUAUUGGCUGCAGCUGUACAACGCCGACACGGGCGCUCUCCUUCGCAACAUGAGCAACAAAGCGGCGCCGCAUUUCAACCUGACGGGCAUCGACCCGAGCACGCGAGUGGCAGCCGUCGUUAUAACGACUAAUAAACAAGGUCGAAGCGAAGCCAUUACAUUGGAAGGAGCUGUUGAACGUGCUGUCGGAUCCCGCGCAGCUAACGAACCGGAAUCGUCGGUGACAAUGGUGGUCGUGCUGGCCGCUCCGGGCGCUCUUUUAAUUGCCAUUAUCGGACUGGCUGCUAUCUUGGCCGUAUACCACCGCCAGCGCAAGAGGAAUCUCCGCCAUCAGGCUCCUCCAACUGCCGUCCAGAUGUGCGACGCAGACGACGCCAAUGAAGAUACCAACUAUGCCAAAACGACGAACGGCAAGCCGGAUGUAAUUAAAUCCAAAAGAGCCGAAAUAGACACGGAAUGCCAGCUGCCUAGUCCACCGGAUGAGUCAUUACAUUCGUCGCUUGUUAUUUUGGCCAGCACUUCAAACAACCUUAAAGGACCCUGUAGGCUGAAUGAAGAAUCGACGCUGACGUACGUGGUUCAACAGUCGGCAAUGAACGAUCGGAAUCGAGAUCGAAUUUUAGAUCCCAACAUCGCCUCUUCCAGUAACUUGAAUAGUAUCCAACACAAUCCGGGGAAUUUUCCUCUGGCUCAUCAACAUCAGCCUGCCCCAGAUUUCACGGUAAGGCAUGCGUAUGACCGUGUGCUUGACCAGCCCGCCAACGCGUAUGUUUAUCGGUAAGCAGAAAAAAAUCGCCAAAAUGUGUAAUGCUAAAAUUAUAGAAGUCUAUCCCACUUCUUGAUUCGGUGCUGUUCCUUUCAUAUACCCAUGAUCUUUGUAUUACUAUUUUUUUUUUAUAUGUUUGUCAUGUAUGAAUAUUUGCAGAACGCGAGGCAAAAGUAAUUGAUAACAGAUGGCGAUGUCGAUAAGGGCUACUAUAACGAAUUAGACAUUGAAAAAAAAAGUAAAAAAAAAAAAAAGUAUCUUCCUUGUAUGUGUAAAAUUUUGUUUGCGAACUCAUUCUUUUACGUGUUGUCUUACUUAUUGUUGCGAGAUUCUUUGCUUUACAUAUCCCUCGUCGGAGGUUUAAUAAACGUUGGAAUCGC